AUGGUGUCCGCCGACCGCCAGAUCAUCAUGGAGACGAACCGAUCGCUCCGCAACAUCAAGACGGAGCUGGAAAAUCUCCUCGAAAAGGGUGUCAUCGACGAAGCCGUCUUCGACAACAUCCACGCCGCCCUGCCCCAAGAAUCCCCUCUCUCAGGCCCCCUCCGCACCGCGACGGGCGCCAGCAACGCCGCGAGCAGCCCGGCGCAGAACGCGGCAACAGCCACGGCCGAGCAGCAGCAGCAGCCGCCGACGCAGGCAUUCCAGAACCUGGCCGUGCACGCCGACAGCGCCAAGUCGGCCUCGCCCGCGCCGCCGUGCUACGAGGACACGCCGCCGCCAAACGUGCCGCAGCGCAACAACGCCAAGCCCGUCCUGGUGCACGCGCGCGCGCUGUACCCGUACGUGGCCUCGGACGGGCGCGAUCUGUCAUUUGAAAAGGACGACCGGAUUGCCGUGCACGAGCGCCUCAACCAGGACUGGUGGCUGGGGCAGAACCAGCGCACCGGCCAGGAAGGCAUCUUCCCGCGCACCUACGUCCUCGAGGAGGCCGAUCAAAAGGGCGUGCCGCCCCCCGCUCCCUACGCGCAGCCUCAAUACGGAUAUCCGCCGCCGCAGCAGCAGAAUCCGUACAACGCGAGCGUGCCGCCCAUGGCCGUUGCUGACGGGGGCCAGCCGGCGCAGGGUGGCGGCGGCGGCGGCGACAGCAAGGUUGGCGGGAUGGGCAAGAAGUUUGGCAAGAAGCUGGGCAAUGCGGCCAUUUUCGGCGCGGGCGCCACGAUUGGAGGCAACAUUGUGAACAGCAUUUUCUGA